GAGUGGGGUAUGGCCCCAGGCCAUACCCCAGCCUGACCUGCCAGGCUCCUAGGCCAAUGGCAGCUCCUCUGGGUUCACCUUCUGAGACUGCUUCCUCAAGGUGAGAGGCCAGGGCUUUCAUGAUCCAACUGUGUGCAUCAUGGGCUGACUUCAGUCUCCUGAACCCCAGGACUCCAUCGUCGUCAAAGCCAGAGGUGGAGCAGAGAGUCAGAGCAAGCACAUGGGUGGGGGGCAGAGCUGGGUUUGAAUCCAGGCGAUGCAAGUGUUCCUGUAUUUCCUGAGCACUUGCUGUAUGCCUGGCAGGAGGCUAUGAUUCCUUGGAUCAUGGGACAAGGGGCUUAGCCUGGCUGAGCCCCUCUCCUCAGGGUUUCAGUGGGUGUCACAGGAGGACCUCCCAGUGAGGUCCACCUUGCUGUCCUGUUGCUUUUCUGUUUGGCCUGAUUGGAGUGUUCCCAAGGGCAGGGAUUUCUGUGCUCUGAGUGUCUGGUACCCAGCAGGGAUGGGAGGGGAGGCAAGGGAGUUAGAUGCCAGCCCUGGAGGGUGGAUGGGGCAAGCAGGACAGCAUGAAGGAGGCUAGUGGUGGUGCCCAAGGGGCAGAGACCUGGGAACCCAGAGGCCAGUGAUGGAAAGGGUUAGCGCCAGGCAGAGAGGGGCUGGACCCACACACAAGACCAGGCAGAGCAAACAAACGUAGAGGAGAAGGGCUGGGGGCAAAGUCCUGGGGAGAGGACCAGCCACUGUCAGCAGCGCCAGGGCCACCACCCCUGGGGAGGAGCCAUUGGGCUACUCUUGAGGGGCCAGAGGUGAGCCUGAACACUCCACAGCUGCUGCUCCUAGGGAGGAGCUGGUACCAUGGGUGUCAGGCAACAGUUGGCCUUGCUGCUGCUGCUGCUGCUCCUGCUCUGGGGCCUGGGGCAGCCAGUGUGGCCAGUGGCUGUGGCCUUGACCCUGCGCUGGCUCCUGGGGGAUCCCACAUGUUGCGUGCUACUUGGGCUGGCCAUGUUAGCACGGCCCUGGCUCAGCCCCUGGGUGCCCCAUGGGCUGAGCCUGGCAGCUGCGGCCCUGGCACUAACCCUCCUGCCAGCACGGCUGCCCCCAGGACUACGCUGGCUGCCGGCUGAUGUGAUCUUCUUGGCCAAGAUCCUCCACCUGGGCCUGAAGAUCAGGGGAUGCUUGAGCCAGCAGCCGCCUGACACCUUUGUAGAUGCCUUCGAGCGGCGAGCACGAGCGCAGCCUGGCAGGGCACUCUUGGUGUGGACGGGGCCUGAGGCCAGCUCAGUCACCUUUGGUGAGCUGGAUGCCCGGGCCUGCCAGGCGGCAUGGGCCCUGAAGGCUGAGCUGGGUGACCCUGCGAGCCUGUGUGCCGGGGAGCCUACUGCCCUCCUUGUGCUGGCUUCCCAGGCCGUUCCAGCCCUGUGUAUGUGGCUGGGGCUGGCCAAGCUGGGCUGCCCAACAGCCUGGAUCAACCCGCAUGGCCGAGGGAUGCCCCUGGCACACUCUGUGCUGAGCUCUGGGGCCCGGGUGCUGGUGGUGGACCCAGACCUCCGGGAGAGCCUGGAGGAGAUCCUUCCCAAGCUGCAGGCUGAGAACAUCCGCUGCUUCUACCUCAGCCAUACCUCCCCUACACCAGGGGUGGGGGCUCUGGGGGCUGCCCUGGAUGCGGCGCCCUCCCACCCAGUGCCUGCUGACCUGCGUGCUGGGAUCACAUGGAGAAGCCCUGCCCUCUUCAUCUAUACCUCGGGGACCACUGGCCUCCCGAAGCCAGCCAUCCUCACGCAUGAGCGGGUACUGCAGAUGAGCAAGAUGCUGUCCUUAUCUGGGGCCACAGCUGAUGAUGUGGUUUACACGGUCCUGCCUCUGUACCAUGUGAUGGGACUUGUCGUUGGGAUCCUCGGCUGCUUAGAUCUCGGAGCCACCUGUGUUCUGGCCCCCAAGUUCUCUACUUCCUGCUUCUGGGAUGACUGUCGGCAGCAUGGCGUGACAGUGAUCCUGUAUGUGGGCGAGCUCCUGCGGUACUUGUGUAACAUUCCCCAGCAACCAGAGGACCGGACACAUACAGUCCGCCUGGCAAUGGGCAAUGGACUACGGGCUGAUGUGUGGGAGACCUUCCAGCAGCGCUUCGGUCCUAUUCGGAUCUGGGAAGUCUACGGCUCCACAGAAGGCAACAUGGGCUUAGUCAACUAUGUGGGGCGCUGCGGGGCCCUGGGCAAGAUGAGCUGCCUCCUCCGAAUGCUGUCCCCCUUUGAGCUGGUGCAGUUCGACAUGGAGGCGGCGGAGCCUGUGAGGGACAAUCAGGGCUUCUGCAUCCCUGUAGGGCUAGGGGAGCCGGGGCUGCUGCUGACCAAGGUGGUAAGCCAGCAACCCUUCGUGGGCUACCGCGGCCCCCGAGAGCUGUCGGAACGGAAGCUGGUGCGCAACGUGCGGCAAUCGGGCGACGUUUACUACAACACCGGGGACGUACUGGCCAUGGACCGCGAAGGCUUCCUCUACUUCCGCGACCGCCUCGGGGACACCUUCCGAUGGAAGGGCGAGAACGUGUCCACGUACGAGGUGGAGGGCGUGUUGUCGCAGGUGGACUUCCUGCAACAGGUUAACGUGUAUGGCGUGUGCGUGCCAGGGUGUGAGGGUAAGGUGGGCAUGGCUGCUGUGCAGCUAGCCCCCGGCCAGACUUUCGACGGGGAGAAGUUGUACCAGCACGUUCGCGCUUGGCUCCCUGCCUACGCUACCCCCCAUUUCAUCCGCAUCCAGGAUGCCAUGGAGGUCACCAGCACGUUCAAACUGAUGAAGACCCGGUUGGUGCGUGAGGGCUUUAAUGUGGGGAUCGUGGUUGACCCUCUGUUUGUACUGGACAACCGGGCCCAGUCCUUCCGGCCCCUGACGGCAGAAAUGUACCAGGCUGUGUGUGAGGGAACCUGGAGGCUCUGACCACCUGGCCAACCCACUGGGGUAGGGAUCAAAGCCAGCCACCCCCACCCCAACACACUCGGUGUCCCUUUCAUCCUGGGCCUGCGUGAAUCCCAGCCUGGCCAUACCCUCAACCUCAGUGGGCUGGAAAUGACAGUGGGCCCUGUAGCAGUGGCAGAAUAAACUCAGAUGUGUUCACAGAA